GCUUGCUUAGGGUUCCUUGUUUUCUCUCUGUGAAGUCAUCUUCCUUCAACCGUUUUGUUGAACUGGAUAUAUACUAGAGUAAUUUCUUCAAUGGCCGCGACGUCGAUUAUCACAUGUUCAGUACAGCAAGUCGUCGAUCAGAUACGGUUUGAAGAGAUUAGCUCAUCAGGUGUGAGGAAGGUGAUUCUGAAUAGACCAACAAAACUCAACUCUAUCAACUAUGAAAUGGUUUCGAAAGUAUUAGGGGCUGCAGAAAAAUACGAGCGCGACCCAGCAGUCAGCUGUAUCAUUCUGAAGGCAAAUGGAAAAGCAUUUUCUGCCGGGGGUGAUGUUAUCAGUGUGAUUUGCUCUUCCUUAGGAGGACAUUGGAGCUAUCCUGUGCUAUUUUACAGGAAGAUUCUAAUGGCGAGCUACCUCCUCGCCACUUUCAAGAAACCUGUGAUCUCACUGCUCCAGGGUAUCGUAAUAGGCGGAGGUGCAGGGCUAUCAAUCCAGACAACAUUUCGGAUCGUGACCGAAAAAACAAUAUUUUCAAUGCCGGAAGCAUCAAUAGGACUGUUCGCAGAUGUCGGAGCUUCUUAUUUCCUCUCGCGCCUCCCUGGAUCUUUCGGAGAAUAUUUGGCACUGACUGGAGCACGGCUUGAUGGUCCUGAGAUGGUCGCAUGUGGCCUCGCCUCUCACUUUGUUCUCUACAAGGACCUUAAUUUGUUGGAAAAAGCAAUAUGUGAGCAGGUUUCAUCAUCUUCUAACGCAUCACACAUUUCUGAGAUCAUAGAGAAAUUUGCACAGACACCGAACCUAAAACAAGAUAGUGCAUUUAAAAGAUUAGAGACGGUUCUUAACAGAUGUUUCUCUAGAAGCACGGUGGAAGAGAUUCUAGCAUCAUUGGAAAAUGAGGUUACAAGAGGAGGAGAAAAGUGGAUAAAGGACGCACAUGUCUCCAUGACAUCUGCUUCCCCAACUAGCCUUAAAGUAACAUUAAAAUCGAUAAGGGAAGGCAGGAGUCGAAACCUUGAACAAUGUCUGUCCAGGGAAUUCUUCAUUUGCGGCCACAUGAUUCAGGGGAUGGUAAAUAGAGAUUUCUACGAGGGCUGCAGAGCAUUCUUGUUCGAUAAAGACAAGAAGCCGAAGUGGAAUCCUCCAAGUCUGGAGCAGGUUACUGAGGCAAUGGUGAACAGGUUCUUUGAGGAUAUCGACGACCCAGACCUUGGUGGUCCGCUGAAGGUCCCCCACAGGCCCCAUGACUUGAUCACAGCCAAGCUCUAAAUAAAGCAGCAACUAAUGGCUUGUAUUUCCCUUUAUUGUGAUUAGUACUUCAGUUUACCAGAUGAGCAAAAUCUCAAACGCAAAUUAAACUCGGGUAUUCUGCGUUUGCAAUCGCGGCUUAUGUAAUAUCCAGCGGCUUUCCAUGUUA